CAGCAGCUCACUGUCCGCAACAUACGUGCAGGGCUUGCCACAUAUAGAUUUACCAUCAUUUGUCCUAAUACGAUAGUACGAAUAUAUUAUUUUAUUUUGGAUAAAGGCGUAUUUGUGUGAAAAUGAGGUGGUUUAGCUUUCCUGCAGUGCAGACGCUGUGGCCUUGAUCCCUGCUCAGUGACACACCCCGGGCCCAAGCUAGGAUGUCCAGCUCGGGAUACCCACCCAGCCAGGGGGCCUUCAGCAGCGAACAGAGCCGCUACCCGCCCCACUCUGUCCAGCACACUUUCGGCACAGCACGCCACCAGCAGGACUUUGCGGUUCCUGACUACCGCGCUCACCUGCAGGAGGUCAGCUCAGCCUCCCAGCAGCUGCUCCAGCAGCAGCAGCAGCAACGCCGCAGGCCCUCCCUGCUCUCAGAAUUCCACCCAGGGGCCGAGAGGCCUCCAGAGAGGAGACAUGGCUACGAGCAGCAGUUCCACGCCGUGUCCACCCAGCCCGAGCACGAGGCCCUGGAGUCCAAGCGGCCGCGCAUCGAGAGUGUCUCGGACGCCCAUUUCUCACGUGCCCCGGCUGGAGGGAUGGUCCUGCCUCUCCCCCACUCCAUGCAGGACGGACUGCGGACUGCAGGAGAGGUUAAGAAGGAAACCCAGUUCAACGUGAAGGCGGAGGCGUCCUCCCCCGGAACCCAGCACGUGGGGGACGAGCAGGACGCCUCGCCCUCCAAGCUGUCCAAGGAGGAGCUGAUCCAGAGCAUGGACCGCGUCGACCGCGAGAUCGCCAAGGUGGAGCAGCAGAUCUUCAAGCUCAAGAAGAAGCAGCAACAACUGGAAGAGGAAGCGGCAAAGCCGGUGGAGCCAGAAAAGCCCGUGUCCCCUCCUCCAGUGGAGCACAAGCACCGCAGCAUCGUGCAGAUCAUCUACGAUGAGAACCGGAAAAAGGCAGAGGAAGCCCAUAAGAUAUUUGAAGGACUUGGGCCAAAAGUUGAACUGCCACUUUAUAAUCAGCCAUCAGAUACAAAAGUUUACCACGACAACAUUAAAACCAAUCAAGUGAUGAGAAAGAAGCUAAUUCUGUUUUUCAAGAGGAGAAACCAUGCUCGCAAACAAAGGGAGCAGAAGAUCUGCCAGCGCUACGACCAGCUGAUGGAGGCCUGGGAGAAGAAGGUGGAGCGCAUGGAGAACAACCCGCGGCGCAAGGCCAAGGAGAGCCGCACUCGGGAGUACUACGAGAGGCAAUUCCCCGAAAUCCGCAAGCAGCGCGAGCAGCAGGAGCGCUUCCAGAGGGUUGGCCAGCGGGGAACGGGCCUCUCAGCUACCAUUGCGAGGAGCGAGCACGAGAUUUCCGAAAUUAUAGAUGGCCUCUCCGAACAGGAGAACAACGAGAAGCAGAUGCGUCAGCUCUCAGUCAUUCCUCCCAUGAUGUAUGACUCGGAGCAGCGGCGGGUGAAGUUCAUCAACAUGAACGGCCUAAUGGACGACCCCAUGAAGGUCUACAAGGCCCGGCAGUUCAUGAACGUGUGGACCGAGCAUGAGAAGGAGAUCUUCAAGGAGAAGUUUGUGCAGCAUCCGAAAAACUUUGGCCUCAUCGCCUCAUAUUUAGAAAGAAAGUGCGUCUCUGACUGUGUCCUGUACUACUACUUGACAAAGAAGAAUCAAAACUAUAAGACUCUUGUGAGACGCUAUGGCAGACGGAGGGGAAGAAACCAGCAACAGAUAACACGUCCCUCACAAGAAGAGAAAUCUGACGACAAGACCGAAGAGGACAAAUCGGAGAAAUCAGAGAAAAAAGAGGACGAGGAGAAGAGGGAAGAGGAGGAAAAAGAUGAAAAAGAGGAAUCCAAGGACAUCGGCAAAGACAAAGAGAAGUGCGACGGCGGGGAGGACGAGGACGGGAAGGAGCAGAGCACCCCGCGCGGCAGGAAGACGGCCAACAGCCAGGGCCGGCGCAAGGGCAGGAUCACCACCCGCUCCAUGGCCAACGAGGCGGCGUCCGUGGCGGCCGAGGAGCCCCCGCCGCCCCCUCCCGAGCCAGUGCUGCCAGAGCCUACUCAGCCACCCAAACCGGAGCUGGCCCAGAAGAGCGUACGGGACCAGUCUAAGGCUGCCUCAGUAGCUAUGGAUGUCCAGGCAAACAGAGGUGGCUUAGAGGCCGGGGAGACUUCUCGCUGGACCGAGGAAGAAAUGGAAGUGGCCAAAAAAGGGCUGGUGGAGCAUGGUCGCAACUGGUCAGCCAUCGCUAAGAUGGUGGGCACUAAGAGCGAGGCCCAGUGCAAGAACUUCUACUUCAACUACAAGAGGCGGCACAACCUGGACAACCUGCUCCAGCAGCACAAGCAGGGCUCGCGGAGGUCGCGGGCUGACCGGGACGUGUCGCAGAGCGAGAGCGUGGCCUCCACGGCUUCAGCUGCCGACGAUGAGGAUAAUGAGGGCUCCAACGAGGAAGAAAAUCCAGAGGACAGCGAAGGUGCGGAGAACAGCUCAGACACAGAGAGCGCCCCCUCCCCAUCUCAGGCCGACUCCAAAGCCGCCGAGCAGCGGGCCGAGGGGCCCGGCGGGGACGCCGCGCUGGAGCUGGACGACGGCGGCAAGGCCCAGGGCCCCAAGGGCCACGAGCCGCCGUACGGCGAGCUGCGCGUGAAGCUGGAGAAGAGCCCGGAGGGCAGCGAGCCGUUGGGCCAGGAGGAGAGGGCGCGGCCUGGCUACGAGGGCCAGGUGCAGACCAAGACCGAGCCCAUGGAGGUGGACUUGAAGGCGGUGGGCGACGUGCAGGUCAAAGUGGAGCCCGACACCAAAGACAAGGGGGACAGGGCGGAGCAGGGCGAGCCCUGCAUGAGAAGGCUGCAGAGGGACGCCCACUCCGACAACGACUCCAGCGCCACCUGCAGUGCGGACGAGGACGUGGACACCGAGCCUGAGAGACAGAGGAUGUUCUCCCUGGACAAGCCGUCCCUCCUCAGCCCUCCUGGCUCCGUGCUGGUGUCCUCCGCCAAGCAGGCCCACAUGAACAUGCAGCAGCUGCAGCAGCGCGCCGCUGCCAUCCCUCCCAUGGUGUCUGCCCCCUUUGGCCCUGGUGGCAUGCCAUUGGGCGGCCCGCUUAGUGGCUACACCAUGUUCCAGCACCAGAUCAAGGCGGUUCACGAGUCGGCCCACCAGGAGGAGAAGCAGCGGCAGGACCAGGCCGACUCCGAGAGACGGCCGACCGGCUACCCCCGUUACGCCACCAGGAGCCCCACCGUCCUCGAUAGGGAGGGGAAGCCCUUUGCCUACAUGCCUUACGACAUGAAACUGCCGAUGGAGCAGGAGGCGCAGUCUCACGGUAACUCUGGCAGGUCUGCAUCCCCGUACAGGCUGUCCCCUCGGGAACUCAGCAAGGCCUCGCCUCAGCCUGACGGCAAUGCCUCUCGUUACAGCGUGCCACCAGGUAACUACCUUCGGCACAGGUACCCCUUCCCCCAAGAUGUCCGAGCGACUGACUCCUUCCCUCAUCACACAGUCCUCCAACCUGCUCCAAAUCAGCUGGUCCAGAACCUGCCCGACGGGGUCCGCGUGACCUUCUCCAGACACAGCAGACCUGCCAACAUUCCAUCCCCACCCCCGCUCAUUCCAACCUCCAAGCCCUCUGACAAGCCAUCCUUCAUCCAGGGCGGAUCCAUUUCCCAGGGAACUCCUGGCACGUACCUGCCUUCCCACAGCCAAGCGGCGUACGGUCAGGAGGGAGCGAGGAGCUCCGCGGGCUCCAUAUCGCUGGGCCUGCCGAGGCAGCAGGACCCCUCCAAGCCGGUGUCAUACAUCAAGCAGGAGGAGUGCUCGCCGAGGGGCCAGGGCGCCCAGGCCGAGGGGCUCCUCUCCCGGGCGCAGUACGAGGGUGUGGUCCGAGGAAACCCUAUGACGGCCAUCCAGGAAGGGAGCAUCACGAGAGGUACCCCGGCCAAGGUGUCCGCUGAUGCACUGCCAUUCCGGGGGGGCUCCAUCACUCAGGGGACUCCAGCCCUGCCCCAGUCCAGCAUAGCAGCAGACAUCCUACUGAAGGGUACCAUCACCAAACUGGCCACUGAGGACCUGAGCAGCCCAGAGAAAGCCAGGGGCGAGGCACUGGCCAAGGGACACGUCAUCUACGAGGGAAAGAGCGGCCACAUCCUGUCUUAUGACUCCAUCAAGAAUCCCCGAGAGGGCACGAGGAGCCCGAGGACAGGCCAGGAGCUGAAGCGCAGCUACGACAUGAUGGAGGGGUCCAUAUCCAGAGGCCACCCCGUCAGGGACGCCGCGCCGUACGAAGGAUUGAUAAGCCGUGCCCUGCCGAGGGAGAGCCCGCAUGGCGAGGCCAAGGACAGGACGGUGCUGACUGGCUCCAUCAUGCAAGGGACACCCAGGACCACAGCGGAAGCCUUUGAGGAGGGUCACAAGUACGGCAAACAGAUCAAGAGAGAGAGCCCACCCAUUCGCUCCUUGGAAGGAGGCAUUACCAAGGGCAAGCCGUAUGAAGGCGUCAACACCAUCAAGGAGAUGGGCCGCUCCAUCCACGAGAUCCCCCGGCAGGACCUGUCGGGACAGGACAGCCGCAAAACCCCCGACAUGGCGCAGAACCCCCGCACCGUCCUGGAGGGGUCCAUAUCGCAGGGGACGCCUCUGAAGUACGAGGGUGGCGGCGUGAGCCAGUCGGCCAUCAAGCACAACGUGAAGUCCCUGAUCACCAGCCCCGCCAAGCUGGCACAUGGCAUGCCCCAGCUGGAGGCCAUGGAGAGGGCCAAGUACGAGGAGGGCAAGGGCUCGGAGCGCGUGCGCCACACCUCCGUGGUCAACUCCGCCACCUCCGUCCUGCGCUCCACGCACCUGGAGACGGGUGGCAAGUCGCAGCCCAGCCCCGGCAUUUAUGAGGACCCCAACGCCCGCAGGACCCCGGUCAACUACAGCACCAGCUCCAUCUCCCGAGGCUCGCCCAUGCUGGGGAGGGCGCAGGAAGGGGGAAUAACCUCUGGGAAGUCAGCCAGUCAUGAGAGGAAGAGCACGCUGACCCCCACUCAGAGGGACAGCGUCCCCGCCAAGUCCCCAGUGUCAGGGGGCGACCCCAUGUCCUCCCACAGCCCCUUCGACCCGCACCAUCGGCCCGUGGUCCCAGGAGAGGUGUUCCGUGCCCACCUGCCCCCCCACCUGGACCCUGCCAUCGCCUUCCAUCGGCUCGACCCAGCAGCAUACCUCUUCCCGAGACAGCCGUCCCCCACCGGUUACCACAACACCUACCAGCUGUACACCAUGGAGAACACCCGGCAGACCAUCCUCAACGAUUACAUCACCUCCCAGCAGAUGCAGGUCAUCCCCCGGCCAGGGGACGCUCGGGGACUGUCGUCGCCACGGGAACAGCAGAUCACCAUCCCAUACCCGCCCGGUGCACGAGGGAUUAUUGAUCUAGCCCAGAUGCCUCCCGCUAUCCUGUUGCCUCACCCUGGGGGAACAGGUACCCCCCCUAUGGACCGCAUCACCUACAUCCCUGGAGCUCAGGCCCCUUUCCCUCCUAGGGCUUUCAACCCUGCUUCCAUAUCUCCAGGUCACCCGGGCCACCUCGCGGCCACGGCGGCCAGCGUGGAGAGGGAGAGGGAGCGCGAGAGAGAGAGGGAGCGCGAGCACAGGGAGCGAGAAAAGGAGAGGGAGAAGGAGCGCGAGAGGGAGCAGAGAGAGAGGGACCGGGAGAGGGAGAGGGAGCGGAUGGCGGCCGCCAGCGAAUACCUGCGCGGAGGCUCCGAGCAGCAAGGCAGGCCUGGUAGCCGUGGUUACCUGCGCUCACCCUCUCCGUCUGUGAGGUCACAGGAGAGUGUGGUGCAGCAGAGGCCCAGCAUAUUUCAGGGCACCAACAGCAAGAGCGUCAUCACCCCUCUUAUGCAAAUGCCCCAGGCGGCGGCGUCCCAGCCGGGCGCCCGGUACAACACCGCGGCCGACGCCCUGGCCGCUCUGGUGGACGCGGCCGCCUCGGCCCCGCAGAUGGACGUUGCGAAGGCCAAGGAGGGCAAGCAGGAGGCGGGGCGGGGCGAGGACCUGUCGUCCCGCCGGGCGGCCGCGCUCAGCGAGCAGCAGCAGCAGCACCUGCAGCACUUCCAGCACCAGGAGGCCGAGCGCCUCUCUAUGCAGUCCCCGUACUCCAUGUCCCUGCCCGGGGGCAAGCCCCACUCGGCCUACGGGGAUGGCGGCAAGGACAAGGGCCCCCCCACCAAGUCGCGUAUCGAGGAGGAGCUGCGCACCCACGGCAAGACCACCAUCACCGCAGCCAACUUCAUCGACGUCAUCAUCACCCGCCAGAUCGCCUCCGACAAGGAGUCUCGCGAGAGGGGCUCCCAGAGCUCCGACUCCUCCAGCAGCCUGUCCUCUAGUCGUUAUGAAGCGGCGGGCAGCGGCGCCAUAGAGGUGAUCAGCCCAGCCGGGUCCCCCGCUCAGCCCCAGGACAAGCAGGACGGGCCCUUCGGUCAGGAGAAAUCAGCCCAAGUUGCAGGAGCUGUGCGCGCUUUCGAGAUGAGCCGGUACCGGCAGCAGGCGGAGCCGUCGGGCCCCCAGCAGCCCCCCCACUCCCAGGCUGAGGUGUACGGCCAGGUCCCCAAGACGCACUGCGUCAUGACCCUGGCGGACCACAUUUCGCAUAUCAUCACCCAGGACUUCGCCCGAAACCAGGAGGCGCCCCAGGCUUCCCCGGCCACCUCCUCUCCUGCCACAUUCCAAAGCUCGGCCUCGGCCGCCUCUGGUGCCGGCUCCGGCCGGGCCAAGAUACCCAGCCGCUACAGCCCUGAGACCCAGGGCCAGCCGCAGUCUGCACAUCAUCCGAGGCCAUCCAGCAGGGUGUCACCUGAGAACGCUUCCGACAAGCCCAGAACGAGGCCUGGCAAGUCCCCGGAGCGCGGCGCUGGGUCCGUGGAGAGCUACGAGCCCAUCUCGCCCCCGCAGAGCUACCCCGGCCUGGACAAGCAGGAGGCCCUGCUGCAGCAGGCGCAGAGGCGAGAGGCUGACAACACAGAGCAGAGGAACGACUCUCGCUCUCCUGGGAGCGUAAGCUAUUUGCCCUCCUUCUUUACUAAACUGGAGAGCACCUCCCCAAUGGUGAAAUCCAAGAAGCAGGAGAUAUUUCGUAAGUUGAACUCCUCUGGUGGCGGUGAUUCAGAUGUGGCAAGUGCACAGCCUGGCACUGAAAUCUUCAACUUGCCUGCUGUGACAAGCUCAAGUAGCGUCAGCGCCAGGAAUCACUCUUUCAGUGAUCCAGCCAGCAACCUGGGCCUGGAGGACAUCAUCCGCAAAGCCCUGAUGGGAAACUUUGAGGAGAAGCAUGAGGAGCACCAGGGUGGCGGAUCCCAGCCCAGCGGCAACAUGCUUCCUGGCAUGGAGAGGCAGGAAGCCAGCCCCUCCCCCAACACAGGCAUGUCAGGUAGCAAGCAGAAGCUUCUGGGGAAAGCCGGCAGCAGGAAAUCGAAGUCACCCAACCCAGGGCAGGGCUACGCUGGAGGAGAGAGACCCUCGUCCGUUUCCUCUGUGCACUCAGAGGGAGACUACCACCGACAGGCGCCGGCAUGGACCUGGGAGGACAGACCCUCAUCCACAGGCUCCAUGCAGUUCCCCUACAACCCGCUGACCAUGCGCAUGCUGAGCAGCACGCCGCCCUCCUCCAUGGCCUGCGCCUCUCCCUCCCUGCAGGCGCAGCAGCAGCCCGGCGCCGUGCCCCAGACUCGCGUGUGGGAGCGCGAGCCGCUGCUGUCGGAGCAGUACGAGACCCUGUCGGACAGCGACGACUGAGAGCCCGCGCGCAGCAGCCUCCGUCGGAGGGGGGCGAGGCCCGGCCUGCUCCAGGCUUUCCCGGCACGCCCCCCCCCUCCUCCAUCCUUCACCCCCGCCGGCACUGCGGGGGGAGCUCCUUUAGAGCGAGGCCAUGACGGCUGCGGCUGGCUAGGACAGCAGGAGCCGCGCAAAACGGCGACAGGCUGAACCUUCAGGAGACUCACGUCUGGAAGCUUUAACACGUAGUCUGUCAGCUAAAACAAAAAAAGCCAGCAUUUUAGACUUGUUUAAAAAAACGAGAUACAGAUGAAGAACUUCUAAUGUAAAGAAACAUCAGAGACUAUUUCUUUAAAAAAAAUUUUGUUUUGUUCAAUUUUCUGUUUGUAAAGAAAUACUUGUGUCCUU